UUUACGCGGAUAUUUCACACUUUUUUGCUGGCGAUUAUGACUACUAUUCACAGCAACAUCAGUAUCCUGUAGCUUUAGUGCCACAACAAUCCGCCGUAACGAGUUUGUAUGCUGCGCUGCCACCCGCGCCGGGAGAUUUUUCUUCGAAUGCUACUUUUCCCGAUACACCGCCUACGUCUACACAUUCUCCUGUAGCGCCAGUGCGGCCCUCAACAACUGAAUUCACAUUGCCCGAGAUUGUGGAGAAUCGCAGCGCUAAGAGUGGUAGCGGUGGUAGAUUUAAUUUUAUACCAUUGCGCAAUCAGUAUUUGACACCGGAGGAGAAUCGGCCUAAUUAUGAGGCAUCCAAGCGGCCGCCAACCUCGGGAUACAAUCGAAAUGGUGCCUUACGCCUGCACGUACACGAAAUGCGUUGCAUGCAACACGCUGGCGGCGGAUAUUUUCGCGCCGUACUCAAAGUGGACAGUUUCAUAGGCGCAGCGCCCACAGUCGACAAUGAUUCGAACGACAAGCGUUGCGAGUUAAAGUUGGCGCGCAGCUUUGUGGUGGCUGAUAUCGUCGAGGAGGACUUUGAAAAGUGUGGCGUGCACACUUGCGGCAAGGAUUUGUGUUUACGUUUGCGGUUUCCCAGCAUACGCGGCAUGCGCACGAGCGCAGAUGGCAUACUGACACUGCACUGCAAAACGCAACAGCGCGUGGCGGUAAAGACGCAUGCGCUCAAAAUGAGCGUGUCCAAUGAGGUACAAGCGCGCAGCCUGGGCACGUAUGCACACGGCGGCACACAGCUGCCUUUUCGCACGCACGUAGAGCUACUGCGGCGCACAGCACAGGGAUAUGAGCGUCAACUAGAUGCAACCAGCGCGGUGUUGCUGGGUGAGGAAUUACUGCUGCGCGCGCAUGUUAUCGCUGGUGAUGGUUGGAAUUACACCAAACUGACAGAUGUUAAUGUGGAACGCGUCUCACCGUCCGGUGAGCUGUUGAACAAUGUUGCGCUUAUAACUCCACGCGGCUGCAUUAACCCCUCCAUGCAGAGCAUUUGCACGCAACCACCGAGUUUCGACCCGCCACUCGGCCAUCGCUUGAACUUCAAAGCUGUUAUGUUUCAGGGAAUGCGCAGCGGUGAUGAGCUCGUCAUAUCAAUGCGCAUUACUGGCUGCCUGGAAGCGCGCGAUUGCCAUGUCGAUGCCAGUGAUUGUGGCGCGGUGGGCAAUUUGUGGCGGCGUAAGCGUAAUGUAAGCGCUCACAUGGCGGGCGUGGGCAACCAGCAAAGCACUGCGAAUGGCAGCGAAGUGUCCGAGAUAUCACGCAUCGCAUUCAGAGUUGUAAUGCCGAAAGAAGGUAUGGCAGAGCUCAAAGCUCGAAGUGGCACAGGCGCAGGCGCAGGCCCAGGCAUGGAGCUUGAGGAGCAAGCAGCAACUGUUGCUACGUCACUGUGGGAGAGCGCAAAUGACAAUAUGCUAGUGCAGUUGAGCGCUUUGAAAUUGAUCUCAGCUGUGGGUUUUGUGCUGCUGCUGACCUGCUUGGGCAUAUUUGCAGCGGUUAAACUGACAAAAUGA